AUGGCGACCGUGUCCGCUCUUGCCAAAUACAAGCUCGUUUUCUUAGGUGAUCAAUCCGUUGGGAAAACCAGCAUCAUCACUCGCUUCAUGUAUGAUAAAUUCGACAAUACCUAUCAGGCUACUAUUGGUAUUGACUUUUUGUCAAAAACAAUGUACCUUGAAGAUCGCACAGUUCGUUUGCAGCUUUGGGAUACUGCAGGACAAGAAAGAUUUAGAAGUCUCAUUCCAAGCUAUAUAAGAGAUUCUUCAGUCGCAGUUAUUGUAUAUGACGUUGCCAACAGGCAAUCAUUUCUUAACACUAGCAAGUGGGUAGAGGAGGUACGUACAGAACGAGGCAGUGAUGUUGUAAUCGUUUUGGUUGGAAACAAAACUGAUCUUGUUGAAAAAAGGCAAGUCUCUAUAGAGGAAGGAGAUGCCAAGUCACGCGAAAGUGGGAUCAUGUUUAUCGAAACCAGUGCAAAAGCAGGAUUUAAUAUCAAGCCUUUAUUUCGAAAGAUUGCUUCUGCUUUGCCCGGGAUGGAAACUCUUUCUUCAACAAAGCAAGAAGAUAUGGUUGAUGUAAAUUUAAAGUCCACCGUGAAUUCAUCCCGCACGGAGCAGCAGGGAGGAGGUUGCUCGUGCUAA